UGAGAAUUAGGGUUGCAGUUCGAAUUUGGGGAUUCCGUCUGAAUAGAUUAUCUUAAAGAAUGCCUCGUUACGAAGAUAGGUAUGGCAGCACUACUCGCCUCUAUGUUGGUCACUUGUCUUCAAGGACCCGUUCUCGGGAUUUGGAGCAUGUUUUCAGCAGAUAUGGAAGGUUUCUGAGCCUUUCCUGACCUGGUGGUCAAUGGUGGGAGGGUGGAGUUUCCCUGUCUCUGUUGGUGGUCCAUGGUGAGAGGGGUGGACUCGGUGGAAUAUCUUGCCGAUUCUUAGAAGCCUUUGACGAUUUUCUGUCUUGUGUUUACAUUUUUUAUGGAUUUGCAACAAAUCAAAAACUGGUGUUUAGUUCUUCGUCUCUUGGUGGCACCAAGUUUCAUGCACUGCAGUACAUAACUAGUUUUGAUGGCCUUACUGUUUCCUGGAAAACAUUUCCGCAGAGUACGCGAUGUGGACAUGAAGCGAGACUACGCCUUUGUUGAAUUUAGUGAUCCACGGGAUGCUGACGAUGCAAGAUAUAGCAUGGAUGGAAGAGAUGUUGAUGGACGCCGUAUAAUAGUGGAAUUUGCCAAGGGUGUGCCACGUGGCUCUGGAGGGGCUAGAGAGUAUGCAGGUGCAGGUAGAGAUCCUGCUCCAGGUUCGGGGCGCUGCUUCAAUUGUGGCCUCGAUGGACACUGGGCCCGCGACUGCAAAGCUGGAGACUGGAAAAAUAAGUGUUACCGUUGUGGUGAAAGAGGUCACAUUGAAAGGAGUUGCCAGAACAGCCCUAAGAAAUUAAGUGGACGUGGUCGAAGUUAUUCGCGUUCACCGGUGAGGUCACCUGUGAGGUCGCGCUCUCCUCGUCGCGGUGGUCGCAGUAGGAGUCGGAGUUUCAGCAGAAGCCGUAGCUACAGCAGGUCCAGGUCACCAGCUGCAAGAAGAGGGCGCGGGGCAGAUUAUAAAGAGAGAAGAACAUCAAGAAGCCCUCGUCGAGAAAGCCCAGUGAGGAAACUUAGUCCGACACCUGAUAGAGAUAUAAGAGAGAGAAGCCCUUCUCCUACUCUUAAGGAGAGAAGCAGAAGCCCUGUCAGCCCUAAGAGGUAUGAUGACAUCAGCCCUAAUGGCAGAAGCCCUAGCCCGAAGGAUGAUAGGAGCCCUGUUGAUGAUGACGACGAACCUGUUGCACCCUCUCCCCGGGCCAGCCAAUCUCCUUGAGAAAAUAUCAUAAGUUUGGACUUGUAAUCAAAGGGGUGUUUUUUUUUUUUUAAAUUUUAUAAACUUUAUCGAGACUUUUUUUUAGCUUGCGCUUUAUUUAUUAUGAAUUGAGGAUGAUGGUACUAAUCCUUAGCUUUCUAUCUGUGUUUUAGAAAAUGACUUUGUGAACUAAAGCAUUCCUUUUCUAAACUAAAUGUAUCUUUAGUCUGUGACCGAUGCUUUUUUCCGAGCCUUUUUGCCGUUUCUUUAUUUUAUUU